UGAUCACCCAAGGAUAUUUUUUGUGUUUGCAUGUUACAUCACAUUACAGCUACCGCGUAUCGCAAUAUUCAUUGCCAAGAACAUUAUAAACAGAAAUGUUUAUUUGGCUUGAGCUCCAGGAGAUAAAAAGAUACUUGUUUUGGUUUUCUUUUCCUCUAGAGCUCCCAGGCUUAGUCGUUUGCUUCAAAACAUUCCAAUUUAACUUUAGUACCAGACAAUAUGCGAGUGAAGCGCAGUUACCAUUAGCUGGACUACUAACUGCUGCGAGGCAGUGCUGAUAAAUUAGUCGUAUGUCAACCGACUCUUCAAAUACAUCUCGAAACAAUGAGUAGAGGAAACAGUGAUUCCGUUGGUACACCACAGAAAGGAAUCACUAAUCGAGGAUUCUACCGCGAUCUUGAGGAUAAUGGUAUGACGCAAGGAAAAUCGCUUCCGGGUCUGCGUCAGAUAACCGUGACCAGGCCGCACUACCAACAGGAGAAGUUAAACAGUGAAUUGAGCUAUACUGUUCCCAAAAGCCGUGUAUGUCAGGAUGUGUUGAGGAGCGUGCGGGAUGUUAGUGCGAAGAAUUGCGCGAGAAGUGUUUUCCCGAUCGUCGGUUGGUUAUCGGAGUACUCCUGUAAACGGGAUUUUAUUUCCGAUUGUAUAAGUGGUUGCACGGUGGCAGUGAUGCACAUUCCACAGGGCAUGGGCUAUGCUUUGUUAGCGAAUGUGCCACCGAUCAUGGGUAUCUACAUGGCAUUUUUCCCAGUGCUGGUGUAUUUCAUCCUGGGCACGUCCAGACAUAAUUCCAUGGGAACGUUUGCGGUGGUGUCAAUUAUGGUGGGUAAAUCAGUGCUCGCUCAUUCCAGUGCAGGAACGGGACCACAUAGUAAUGGGGUUGUAAAUGAAACUCUAGCGGACGACGGCACCGACGGAAACCUCAUAACACGAAGUCCCAUGAUGGUAGCUGCAACCGUCUGUUUUACUGUUGGAAUUAUUCAGCUGAUAAUGUAUGUAUGCCGUUUGGGUGUUAUUUCGUUCCUACUCUCGGACACCCUGGUUUCGGGAUUUACAACGGGAGCUGCUAUCCAUGUACUAUCUUCACAGAUUAAAGAUUUGUUUGGGCUCUCCUUGCCUCCCAUUAGUGGAAACUUUAAGAUUGUCAACACGUACAUUGCCAUAUUCUCGGAUAUCACCAGAGUGAACUGCGCAGCCAUCCUGAUAUCAUCCGUCACUAUAGUGCUACUGGUGAUAAAUAAUGAAUAUCUCAAGCCGAAGCUUGUCAAGCACAGCAAAGUUCCAAUUCCGAUCGAACUCAUGGCAGUCAUCGGAGGGACAUUGAUCUCGAAAUACCUAAAUUUAAGCUCCCAGUAUGCCAUCAAAACUAUUGGACAUAUUCCCACAGGAUUUCCUGAGCCUGCCUUACCAGAUUUCGAUCUGCUUCGAUCAUUGGUGCUGGACAGCUUCACAAUCGCAAUGGUGUCCUACGUUGUGUCCGUCUCCAUGGGUCUGAUAUUCGCACAGAAACAAAAUUACGAGAUCGACUUCAACCAGGAACUAUUGGCUAUGGGAGCCAGCAAUGUGUUCGGUUCGUUUUUCUCGUGUUUGCCAUUUUCUGCUUCGCUGUCUCGAUCGAUGAUUCAGUUCACAGUGGGCGGCAGAACGCAAAUAGCAUCUGUUGUAUCCUGCGCAAUUUUGGCUGUUGUUUUGCUUUGGAUAGGGCCAUUCUUCGAACCACUGCCAAGAUGCGUUCUGGCCGGAAUCAUUGUAGUUUCAUUGAAGGGCUUACUGAUGCAAAUAGGACAGUUCAUGACUUUUUGGCGGCUCAGUUGUGUGGACGCAGCUGUAUGGAUGGUAACAUUCUUGAGCGUAGUACUGGUUGCCAUUGAUAUAGGUUUACUGAUCGGCAUACUUUUGAGUGUCUGUUGUAUUUUUAUCCGCGGAAUGAAACCAUAUACAUGUUUGCUGGAAAAUGUUCCCAACACAGAUUUAUAUCUGGAUAUCAAUCGGUACAAAGGAACAACUGGAAUCGCUGGGAUCAAAAUUUAUCAUUUUUGCGGUAGUCUGAAUUUUGCUACCCGUUCCGGAUUCAAAAUAAAUCUUUGUCAAGCUUUAAAUCUGAACCUGGCGAAGGAGAUCAAACGAAUCAACAACAGUAACUACAAAAGGGAUCAGAGUUUACGUUUUCUGAUACUGGAUUUUACUGCUCUCAGUGAUAUGGACCCGUCGUCAGUAGCUUCGUUAAAGUCUUUGAUAAAUGAGUUCGAGAGACUGUCCAUUCAAGUGUUGGUGGCCGGGGUUUCCUGUCCCGUGUAUGAAACUAUGUCAAAGUGCAAACUGGUUUCGACUGAUGAACGCGAUUUUUGCAAGGUUUUCCCAACCGUCCAUGAUGCGGUCUUAUGGGCUAAGGAUAUGAUAAUCGUCGAUUCUGGAAGAAUCAGUAUUGAAGUAACGGAUUAGAUGAUGAAUCAAAUUAAGCGAGUGCUAAAUAAAUUUAUUUUGAUUGUUUUAUUUAGUUAUGGAAAACAUGCAUAUUUAAAACAAAAUACAUUUUUUUUAAAUUUAAGAAUAGAUUUAAUAAGGCACACUACUUUAGCUCUAAGAUACCGAGGGCAUUUCUUAACAGUACUUAAGACUAGGAUGAUUUCUUGAUUUAUAACAUCGUGUAUUCGGUUCACGGAUCAGGGUCAUUUCGCCGAGAGCCAUUUCGCCGAAAACAACAGUCGCCAUAUUGUGAUCCUGCAUAUAAAAACACAAUUUUUACUAGUCGAUUUUGCAAGUGAUUACUUAUAUUCUAUAUGAGAAAGGCAAAAGCUGAAAAUGUUGAGAUAAAACUUCGUAUGACUCGUGAAGUAAACAUUCGAUCUCAAAAUCAUUCAAUAACGUUCAGGCUGACGAGGAGCCCUUUCAUUUUCGACUUAUUUCAUCAAAAUUGGUACAGUCGCGUCUGAGAUCUCGACUAAUUUGUUAACAACACAGUUCGUCAAGCUGAAUUUGAUAAAAGAGCAUACAAAAAUACAUUCGUUUUUUGAUAAAUUCGUCUCAUGUCGAGUUGGUCUCUCUAUUCGUGAAAAAUUAUGGGGCCAUAGUCGGUCAAGUCGGUCCUGGUUUUGCCACUUUUUCUGUUAUUUUAAUGACACUUUUCUAUUGUAAAUUGCACGAUUAUAUGGCCACCCUUUCGGUCUCAAUCGACUCUUGUAAAUGAGGCUCACGAGAACGUGAUACUUGGUGCUUGAUCGAUUUGAGUCAAUAUUUUCCGUAUUCAGUUUUAUUUUUCUCUUGUUAUCACACAAUCACACAAACACUAGCACCAACAUCACAACUUGAUUCUUUUGAUCGUUAGAAUGACUUAGAUAAAGAUUUGUUUAUUCACUUUGUUUUUAUUAUCACCUCAACCUUAAUUUUUUCUGCUAUGCCUGAAUAUGCAAUCGAGAUGUUUUGAUUGUUGUUUGACCGGAAUUUUGGUGGAGUUUGACGUUAUAGUCCGUCGAGGAUUAAAAUGAAAA